CUUGGAUUUCGAACAACUCAACCAACCAAAACAUACCACCAAUCCCAUUUUAAUAAUUAUAUGAGGAAAAGGCAAAAGAAGCACUUGGAACCAUAUUCCCCGCACGCACACGCACACGCACAUACAUAUAUAUAGAGGGAGAGAGAGAGAGCUAGGGAUACCAAACCAGCCAGACACCUCAGCCCAGGAUAGAUGGCUCUCCGAGUCCCAGAAGUUACUCUUAACUCCGGUGGGAAAAUGCCGAUCCUCGGGUUCGGCACGUCGUCCGACCCACCGGCCAGCCCCGAGGCCGUCAAGGAGGCGGUGAUGCAGGCGAUAAAGGUCGGGUACAGACACUUCGAUACGGCAGCUCUCUACAAUACAGAGCAGUGUCUUGCUGAAGUAAUAGCCGAAGCAAUUGAAAAGGGCCUGAUUAAGUCCAGGGAGGAGCUCUUCAUCACCUCCAAGCUAUGGUGCAGCGAUGCCCACGAAAAGCAUGUUCUCCCUGCCAUUAAGAAAACUCUCAAGAAUCUCAAUAUGGAAUACAUCGAUCUGUAUCUGAUACACUGGCCUGUGAGCUCAAAGGCGGGGGAACAUGAAUACCCAAUAAAGCAAGAAGAUUUUCUUCCAAUGGAUUUCGAGGCCGUCUGGGCCGAAAUGGAAGAGUGCCAGAAUCAAGGCCUCACGAAGGCCAUUGGAGUCAGCAAUUUCUCUUCCAAGAAAAUUGGCGAAAUCCUCUCCACUGCAACAAUUCCCCCAGCUGUCAAUCAAGUGGAAGUAAAUCCAGUUUGGCAACAGAAGAAGCUAAGAGACUUCUGCAAGAAGCAUAGAAUUCUUCUAGUUGCUUAUGCUCCUUUGGGAGCAGUAGGAACCUUUUACGGCACCAACCGGGUCAUGGAAUCUGAGACGCUAAAGGAAAUUGCAGCUGCCAAGAAAAAGUCCAUCGCUCAGAUCUGUCUGAGAUGGGAAUAUGAGCAAGGGAUUGGAGUGGUGGUGAAGAGCUACAACGCCGAGAGGAUGAAGCAGAACAUAGAUAUAUUCAGCUGGGAGUUGAGCAGUGAGGAGGCUGAAAAGAUUGCAGGAAUCCCACAAAGUAGAGCGUGUCUUGGCAAGGAUUACACCUCGCCCACGGGGCCCUACAAAUCAAUUGAGGAGAUUUGGGAUGAAGAUUAACUUUAAGCUACUUCAUUCCCCUACUACUAAUAUAAAUAUAAUGUGUGUUCGAGUGUCUUGUCUCCAUAUAUAUAGAGGGAGGGACUUUCUGUCCUGUGACACCGUUUUUCCUACAUGUAUUGGCACCAGUUUUUGAUGUAAUUCCUAAUGCUAAUAAGAUCGAGAAAACCAACCCUGCGGCUUAUGUUGGUUACCUGUAGAA